GUCAAUCAAAUCGGCUCAGUAACCGAGUCCAUUGAAGCAGCUAAACUCUCGCGCUCUAAUGGUUGGGGUGUGAUGGUAUCUCACCGAUCGGGAGAAACCGAAGAUACCUUCAUUGCCGAUCUUGUUGUUGGCCUCGCCACGGGUCAGAUCAAGACUGGCGCUCCUUGCCGCUCCGAACGCUUAGCCAAAUAUAACCAGCUGCUCCGUAUCGAAGAAGAGCUCGGCAAGGACGCAGUGUAUGCUGGAGUGAACUUCCGUAAUCCUAAAUUUUAG